AUGAAGGGGGGAGAGGAGGAGGAGGUAGGAGAGAAGGAGAAAGUAGAGGAGAAGGAAGGAAGGAAGAGAGGGAAAGUAAGGUUGGAAAAUAGAGAGCACAGCGUUGGCAGAGAAAAAUAUAAGAAAGUUACUAAUGGAGACGAGGAGGCAGGGAAGGAGGAGAAAGAGGAAGAGGAGGGGGGACCUGUUGCCAUUGGCGUCCUACAGCGACCUGUUGCCAUUGGCGUCCUACAGCGACCUGUUGCCAUUGGCGUCCCACGGGGACCUGUUGCCAUUGGCGUCCCACGGGGACCUGUUGCCAUUGGCGUCCCACGGGGACCUGUUGCCAUUGGCGUCCCACGGGGACCUGUUGCCAUUGGCGUCCCACGGGGACCUGUUGCCAUUGGCGUCCCACGGGGACCUGUUGCCAUUGGCGUCCCACGGGGACCUGUUGCCAUUGGCGUCCCACAGCGACCUGUUGCCAUUGGCGUCCCACAGCGACCUGUUGCCAUUGGCGUCCCACAGGGGGACCUGUUGCCAUUGGCGUCCCACGGGGACCUGUUGCCAUUGGCGUCCCACAGCGACCUGUUGCCAUUGGCGUCCCACUAG